UGUUUACAGUAAUAACAAAGCUGCAACGUAGCUUACAGGUGAAACAAGGCAGUAGGUUCCCCAGCAGCUGGUCAGUACGUCUGUAUAUUACACGGUUUGUAAAACAGCUUAAAUAUGGAUUAUUCAUCGGGAACUUUUUUCGUGUCUGUGUGAUUUAUAUAAUCGCUAGAAGGGAGAUUGUAAUGAGAUGACUGCAAACAGUUUGAAUUUAUAGUUAUUCUGUAAACUGCGCUAAAGUACACCACGUCUUUCUAGGAAACCUUUAUACUUUUUGGUGAGGGUAAAGAAAAAAUUCAGUCGACGGGGCGUUUACGAGCUUUACAACCAGAUCGUAAAUUAGCCAUGUUACAGAAGACCAUUUGUCCUGCUCCCAGCAUCAGAUCUUGGGAAGCUUUCUGGUAGCUCUUUUCCCGUGCUUUUUUGGGUCUACUACCCCCAGGGCAAUUUGUGUAAGCAGCUCCAACUAUACAGCAGUAUGGACGGGCAAGAAGGAAGCUGUGAUCAACCGCAGUUACGUCCUUCGCUACCAGUAAGGACUGUUCCGGGAACUAACCAGAACUUUGCGGUGGAACCGGACAUUUUCAAAGUCGUGACAGACCCGGAGAAUCUUUCACUGGCAGAUAUGUAUAGCCACGGAACCCAAGUGGAGCACGAACUUCAGGGAAAAGGGUUGUGCAGAGAGAUGAAAGUUGUUAGAGAAGACGAAGAUAUAAGGGACAGCGGUUUUCCAUACCAGUUGAGCUUACCAAAGGAGGUCUCAAUGGACCCACAGAGCGCACGAGAGAAGGAAUCGGGUUUGAUUGAUACCUUCCACAGAUCCUCCAGUCCCACAGCAUUUACGAAUGAAAAAGACAACGAGAAUAGUAUCCUAGCAGAUUCCAAAUCCAAAGCAAAGAACGGCAAACUUACACGUGAAACAGGCAGUGCGCUGAACUCAGCCUUUCCCAAUAAACUACAAGGUUCGGAGAAUAAAGAAACUGGUCACUACCUUCACAGUUUUGAAUGCUCUUCAUCAACUGAUCUGGAUAACUUUCAAAUUCCAUACCUCCCUCUGAACCCUGCUUAUUUAGCUGCAAAAACACACCAGUUCCUGAUGUCAGAAGAUACUGGACCCUCUUCUUUGAGACGUGCAGAUUCUUCACCUCAUACUGAUAUUCCCGAGAUAGCCCAAGCUCUGUCAGGGAAAAGGGAAGGAUGCAGCCUUCACCGGGAGUGCCACCCCUGUUGGAAGAUAAAAGAGGAAGAUGGCGAGACCUCAAUGUUGCCAUCCCACUCUUCCAUCUCUGGAUAUCCACUGACAGCCUUGAAACAUGCACCAAGAAUGCAAUUUCAAGCGCCUCUAGAUUUUAUACUUAAAACAGAGCCUCUUACUGGUGGACAUUACACAACGCAUUUUAAACAAAUUCACAGUACAGGGACUGCGCUGCAGCGAGAUUUGAUACCCAGUACUUCUGCAGGCCCAGAAAUAUGGUAUCACCAAGCAAGUUUAAAUGGUCACUCUCAACCUGCCUAUCAGAACACUGUGUACAAAGACCAAAACAUCUCCCAACGGUAUUACCCAUACAGUGGCCUUUUUGGAUCAGAUGUUGGAACGGGUCAGGUUUCUCAAUAUGGAUAUGGCUCAUUUCCUCAAAAGAUCUGUUUGAUCUGUGGAGAUGAAGCUUCUGGCUGUCAUUAUGGAGUCCUUACUUGUGGAAGCUGCAAAGUCUUUUUCAAGAGGGCAGUAGAAGGACAACAUAACUACUUGUGUGCUGGAAGAAAUGACUGUAUUGUUGACAAACUUCGCAGAAAAAACUGCCCAGCAUGUCGGUUGAGGAAGUGUUAUCAAGCAGGGAUGGUACUUGGGGGCAGAAAAUGUAAGAAGUUUGGAAAACUGAAGAACUUGAGUGACUUAAAUUCAUUAUCAGCACAUCCACAAGUGAUCUCCGUGCCAAGUGAAAACCAUGCUUUGUUACCAAUGAUGUGUCUGUCCAUUGAUCGUGAAAUUCAGUACUCUCCACCUCUCCUAGAUAUUUUGUAUUCUAUUGAACCAGACAUAGUGUAUGCAGGUUACGACAAUACACAGCCAGAUACUCCAAAUCUCCUUCUGAAUAAUUUAAACAGACUGUGUGAACGACAAUUAUUGUCUACAGUUAGAUGGUCCAAAUCUCUACCAGGCUUUCGCAACUUACAUAUUGAUGACCAGAUGACGCUUAUACAAUACUCUUGGAUGAGUAUGUUAGUGUUUGGUUUGGGGUGGAGGUCAUAUCAACACACUAACGGUCAAAUGCUCUAUUUUGCACCUGAUCUGAUACUAAAUGAGCAAAGAAUGAAGGAGUCUGUGAUGUACGAGCUGUGUUUAGCUAUGUGUCGUAUUCCCCAGGAGUUUAUUAAACUUCAGAUUACACAAGAUGAAUAUCUUUGCAUGAAGUCCUUACUACUUUUAAAUACAAUUCCUUUGGAGGGUUUGAAGAACCAGACCCAAUUUGAUGAUAUGAGAGCAAGUUACAUCAAAGAACUAGCUAAGACUAUUAGCUUGAAAGAGAAAGGAGUUGUAGCCAGUUCGCAGCGUUUUUAUCAGCUGACAAAACUAAUGGACUCCAUGCAUGAUCUGGUGAAAAAAUUACACUUGUUCUGCCUCAAUACAUUUGUCCAGUCUAGAUCAAUGAGUGUGGAAUUCCCUGAAAUGAUGUCAGAAGUCAUCACUGCACAGUUGCCUAAAAUCUUGGCAGGAAUGGUGAAACAUCUUCUAUUUCACAAAAGGUAUAUGCAAUCCACAGUUGAAAUCAAGGAGCUGUAGUACAGUGAAUGAAGAAAUCUGAUUGUGGCAGCUAUACAUCCUCCUAAAACAGCUAUUCAUCAGCUUCAGUAAUGCAUCAUACAUCGGCCUCUGCGGCACCACUCUGUGAGGUUCUCUACACUGUCAUAUUAUGCUUGUCUUAUGGAAUGUAAUAUACUUUCAGAGCACAGAUAUUGUGGCCAUUUCAUUUUCUGAGUAUCACUGCUUAAAUAAAAAUUAAAGUAAAAUUCUGUGUUGUACAGCUUUGAUUUAAAAAAACACAAUGUUAUGUACUGUAGUGUAACAACAACUUUGUUUAAGAAUAAAGAGCACCUAAUAAACUCAUAUUUAAAAUACUGCA